ACACCAUGUUGAAAAUGUCUGGUCCAAUUUUAACCCAACCCGUUAGACACUGUUGUUCUUUUGGGGAUAAGCCUCUUGUUCUUUUAACUCUUUACAUUUAUCCAUGGCAACAGCAACAGCAGGAGCCCCAGCUCUCUCCUCCCUCGCCCUUCGCUCUUCUACUCCUUCCUUUUCAUUCCUCUUCCCCAAACCCACCAAACCCUUUUCUCUCUCCUGCUCAUUCCACUCCCUUUCCCUCACACCCCAAGCCAAAGCCUCCGACAUCAACACCUCCUUCUUCGACAACCUCAACCCCGAAGAAGACGUCGUCUUUGACCCACCAACACCCCCUGAAGGAUUCACCCCCACCUUCUUUCGACGAUGGCCCGAGGAAAUGGAGGACGAAAUCACUGCUGCCUAUGAGGAACUCUGUGGCCCAGCCUACAGUGGGAUCUCCGUUUUAGGCAACGACAUAAUGGACUCUAAGGUGAAGAAGACAAGUGGGUUUGGGAAGGUAAAGAAAGAGAAGGUAAGGGAUGGCUUCGAGGAAAGAGUGGUUCAAGCUAGGAGAGUUACUAAAGUGGUUAAAGGAGGGAAACAAUUGCAUUUUAGAGCCAUUGUUGUGGUUGGUGAUAAGCAAGGACAAGUCGGUGUUGGAGUUCGGAAAACUAGGGAGGUUAUUGCUGCUGUUCAGAAAUCGGCUGUGAAUGCUAGAGGGAAUGUCAUUACUAUUCCUAUGACAAAGUAUUUGACUUUCCCACACCGAUCUGAGGGUGAUUAUGGGGCAGCAAAAGUGAUGCUUAGACCCGCUGCACCUGGUACUGGAGUGAUUGCAGGAGGUGCUGUGCGAAUUGUUCUUGAAAUGGCUGGUGUUGACAACGCGUUGGGUAGGCAACUUGGAAGUAAAAAUGCCCUUAACCAUGGCAGAGCUACAGUUGUUCCAGUGCAGAAAAUGAAGCAGUUUCGUGAGGUUGCUCAAGAACGAGGGAUUCCCAUGGAAGAGCUUUGGAAAUGAUGGUCAUGGAAGCAGCUUCACCAUUUACCCUCAUACUCCACUGGCAAAGCAGAUUCAGUACACGAGGCUUUCAUAUUGUAAGUCAACCAACUACUAGAUUAAGACGUUUCUUUUUUUUAUUAUAAUUGAUGCUUUGCCUUCUAAUUUAAAAAAAAAAAUUUCCAAUUAAUUUUACUUUGAGCUUCUAUUUGAAUUUUUCUUUUUCAUUUUCAUAUGUUCUCUGAUGUCUGUGAAACACAAUUGCUUGAGAACUUGCCAUUUAUCAUGAUAUUGGCUGACAUUAUUUGCAUUAAUUACUUAAAUAUGAUGCUAUUUUGCAAGUUAAAAGUCCAUUGAAUAUCAAUUUGUUGAUCGUAGUCCGCAAAUCCUAAUUUGCAAGAAAGACGUGCCAGUAAAAUCUAAGCAUGAGCCGGCCAAACCUACUGACUUAGAAUCUUGUUCUAGACAACCUAAAGCUAAAAGUUAAGAUUAGCACUGCAGACUUGAUUCAAUGGUAAAACUGGCAGGCAUCAGCUGAAGCAUAGCCACCAUGACAACCAUUUCUAGACCCAGUCUUCUUGAUAAUAACAGAAAGCAGCAGUUCUGAGACUGUGUGACCCUACACCUUCAUAAAAGAACCCCUUGUUAAAGUCCCCUCCGUUUUGGAAUUUUACAAAUGUGCAUUCAAAGGUCUCUUAUGCUGUGUAGCUUCUACUGAGCUCCUCACAUCAUAUAGCUGAAACAUGGACAAUUUCUUUCUUGGAUUCUAAUUUUCUAAAAUCUGUUUCAGUUGCUGUUAGUUUGAGUUCUAUAGAAUGUUUAACAAGGGUUUGCUACCCUCAAGAACCAGUAAACCCCGUUGGCUAAAUUAGCUAACGAAAAUUUAGCUAACGAAAAUGAAAAAUUACAAAUAUCGGGCCCCAAAACAGGAAUCACAAGUAAAUCAACCCUGUUGGCUAAAGAAAUAGUGGUCCUAAUGUAGUAUAAUACCCAGCGUAAGACCCAUUUAGCACUACUAAGACUCUUUCAGGUUCUCAUUAGUUGCUUUCAUAACCAAAAAAGAGUCCACCGAGCAAAGAAGCAUAUCCCAGAAAAGCUAUUAGAAGUUGGAGAAGAAGAUGAAGAGAUAUACAGCGAAAGCAGAGAGGGAGAGAGAGAAACUACCCAUUUUUGCAUUUGUAGCAUAGCUUUCUUGCUCUGGUUGUAGUAGGCGAGAGAAAGGAAUUCCAUAUUUUGCAUGUUAAUGUGAA